AUGACCUCCUCUCCGACGCCGAGGAUAUCCAGCUUUUCACAGACGCAGCCCCCUCAGUCGGUUUCGGAGACUAUUAUAAAGGCCAAUGGGUCCAGGCCUCAAGCUGUGGUAACUGCAGACCCUCCAUGGACAGAGGUGUUUGUAGGAGAGACAGUCACCCUCAACUGUGAGGUUAGAGGAUCUGUUGACUGGAAAUAUUACUGGGCCCUAGAGAAGCAGGGGAGAAUGGUGACACUCAGGAGCUCCAGUGGAACAUAUGGUUCCCAGUACAUCCUAAGAGCUGUGUCAAUGUUUGACAGUGGACAAUAUUGGUGUCAAGCUGAGAGAGGUACUGAUCAGAGUGACAGUGGCUUUCUCACGCUGACAGUAAUUGAGGGCCAGACACCUGCUGUAGUGACCAUAGACCCCCCGGAUUCAGUGGUUUUCUCAGGAGAGAGAGUCACCCUCAGCUGUGUGGUGAAGGCGGCAUCAGGUGGCUGGAGAUAUUCCUGGGCUAGAAACACCAAGGGGAGACUAGAGAGCCUCUUUAGAUCCAGUGCUGAAGAUCAGAAAAAUUACACCCUCAGUCCUGCAACAGUGUCUGAUAGUGGACAUGGAGAGUAUUGGUGUCGAGCUAGAAGGGGAAGUGUGGUCUAUUAUACUGAUCACAGUGAUUCUCUGCAAAUAGAAAUAAUAGCUCGACCACAGGCAGCACUAACCCUGGAGUCUGGAUGGACAGAGAUAUUCACUACAGAAAGUGUGACUCUGAGGUGUGAGAUUGAGAUGGGCUCUGCUGGGUGGAGCUAUAAAUGGUACAGAAAUGGACAGGAACUGCCAGUAGACUCCAGUAGGAGAAAUGGAGACACAUACACAAUCCUCUCUGCUGCUCAGUUACAUAAUGGAGAAUAUACCUGCAGAGGGGAAAGUGACCAUAAUAAACUAUUUUAUUCUAACAUCAGCAAUCCUGUUAAACUGAAGGUAUCUGGAAAAUGGCCAAAGCCUGCUCUGACUGUGUUCCCCACAAGAGGACAGAUAUACACAGGAGACAGAGUCACCCUGAGCUGUGGAGUUGGGGGUGGAUCUGUUGGUUGGAAGUAUCUCUGGUAUAAAGACACACAGGGAGAAGUCCUGCUCAACACUGACAGCAGUAAGACUGAUGGGUCCAGUUACACCAUUAGCUCUGCUGCUCUGUCCCACAGUGGAGAGUACUGGUGUCGAGCUAGAAGGGGAAGUGUGUUCUAUUACACUGAUCGCAGUGAUUCUCUGAAAUUAGAAAUCAUAGCUCAACCACAGGCUGUACUGACCUUGGAGUCUGGAUGGGCAGAGAUAUUCACCACAGAAAGUGUGACUCUGAGGUGUGAGAUUGAGAUGGACUCUGCUUGGUGGAACUAUAAAUGGUACAAGGAUGGACAGGAGCUUCCAGCAGUGAAAGCUAACUCCAGUAGCAGAAAUUUAAACACAUACACAAUCAUCUCUGCUGCUCAGUUUCAUAAUGGAGAAUAUACCUGCAGAGGAGAAAAUGCCCAUAAUAAACUAUUUGAUUCUAAUGUCAGCAAUCCUGUUAUACUGAAGGUAUCUGGAAUAUGGCCAAAGCCUGUUCUGACUGUGUUCCCCACAAGAGGACAGAUAUACACAGGAGACAGAGUCACCCUGAACUGUGGAGUUGGGGGAGAUUUUGUUGGUUGGAAGUAUCUCUGGUAUAAAGACACACAGGGAGCAACUCUGGCCAACAGUGACACUGACAGUAGCAGGACUAAUGGGUCUAGUUACGCCAUCAUCUAUGCUGCUCUGUCCCACAGUGGAGAGUACUGGUGUCGAGCUAGAAGGGGAAGAGUGGUCUAUUAUUCUGACUACAGCAAUUCUUUGGUAUUGCACAUGUCAGUUUCUUCUGCUUUGGAAAACCUGAUCCGGAUCUGUAUGGGUGUGGGAGUGUUCAUCUUCUUGUCUGUCAUCGUGAGUGAUGUGUUCUGGAGAAGAGUGAAGCGGGCUCUGAGGAAUGGUGCAACAUAUGAAGACAGCUUUGAUUUAGACAAGUUGAAUGUCUCCAGUGCCUCAAACCCACAACAGCAAUGGCUGAAAUCCUGAAACCCCUCAGCACUCAAUGGAAUUAAAUAAUAGUGCAUGUUUCACAUUUUCCACUAGACAAAAGCUUUAUUAUUUAGCACUUAUAUUUAGAUUUUAGGUUUGCUCAUUACUGUGUAAAGUGUAACUGUAAAUUUUACUCAUAGGAUUUCUAUUCUCUGUAACACUGG